AUGCCGAAGGUAUCGCGGAAGGACACGGGCGACGCGACGCACACGCGCGAGCGCGGCGACGCCAAGCAGACGCGCGCGUCCGUCGCCACGCCCGACGAGAGCGCGAGGGCAGAUCUGCCCCGCCGCCUCCACAAGGUCCGCGUCGAUGGGGGACCCGAACGACCCCCGCGCCCCUCCUCGCCGGACUCGCCCCUCUGCUUCGAGCCUCGAGAGGACCCCCAUGUCGACGCGCUCGCGCGCGCCCUGUGCGCCCUCGUCAAGGAGGAAGGGAAGGCUUAUGAGGGGUUGGAUCAAGCUGUGCGCGAGCGGCUCUCCAUGAUCAGGGAGGGAAAGCCAACGCCGCCGAUGAACGAUGCCGCGGACGAGCUGAGCAGGAAAGGGGCAAAUGCUGCGGAAUGGACACCUCCAAUGACGGUGCACGGCGUCACCGCCGAGACGGCGGAGGACGCGCGUCCGCCGCCGCCACGGACCAUCAACGCCGUGCCCGGGCACACCACCCGAGCUGAUGAGCCUGAGCUCCUCAAGCCCGACGGGUCGCUGGCUGUACCCAAGCGGUACAACUUCCUCAUCAACGCGUUCGCGCCCGCGACGUACGGCGUCGCGAUCCGCGAAAACGAACACGUCGACGUGCUUCGCGUUCGCGGCGCGGACAACGUCCGCGGCGCCGUCCGCUACUUCGAGCUCAACGACGUGGACCUGGUGGCUUUUCCACCCCACUUCUACGUCGCGCUCGGCUUCGACCCGGUUCUGGCGCAGGCGGUCCCGGAGAGUUCUGCCACCCCGUGGGGUGGUCACCUCGCGGUGAGGAAAGGGCUGCUCCCGUUCUUCGUGUACUUUGACCUGCAUCCGGGCUCGACCCUGUGUGGGCCGAACUCGAGGUUCUGGGACGCCGUGCGCAUCUACGCCUCUCUCCUCGCGUGCGCCAACUUCGAGCGGGCCAUCGCUCGAAGGCCGCCCAUCGACAUGUGCGACAGCCUUUUCUGUCUGCACAAUGUGGACCCGGCGGCGGCGGGACGACGCGUCACGGUCGACGGCGACGGCGCGGAGUGGACGGUGCCGUGCGUUCGGGGAGGGCGAACCACGAAGGAGAAGUGGCGGCGGCUGCAGGAGGAGGCGGAGAACGGCACGAUCAGCGACGAAGACGCGGAGGAGCUCACGUACCUGCUCGCGUGCGGCCACCUCGGUGGUCAGAUGACCCGCGAGAAGUGGCGGCAGCUCUUGGCGGAUGAGGAGGCGGGGACUAUCGGGAUGAAAGACAGGGACUACCUCGCGUACCUGCGCGAGUGCGCGGCACGGGGAGGGCGAACCACGAAGGAGAAGUGGCGGCGGCUGCAGGAGGAGGCGGAGAACGGCACGAUCAGCGACGAAGACGCGGAGGAGCUCACGUACCUGCGCGCGUGCGGCCACCUCGGUGGUCAGAUGACCCGCGAGAAGUGGCGGCGGCUGCAGGAGGAGGCGGAGAACGGCACGAUCAGCGACGAAGACGCGGAGGAGCUCACGUACCUGCUCGCGUGCGGCCACCUCGGUGGUCAGAUGACCCGCGAGAAGUGGCGGCGGCUGCAGGAGGAGGCGGAGAACGGCACGAUCAGCGACGAAGACGCGGAGGAGCUCACGUACCUGCGCGCGUGCGCGGCACGGGGAGGUGCGACUACCGGCGCGGAGUACAAGCCGCUCUCUGAGGCGGACACGCUGACGGAGCCCGACCGUGCCAAGCUGGAGCGCCAGCGGGACGCGCGCAGCCGCGGCGGGAAGGCUAAGGCCGCGGAGUACAAGCGGCUCUCUGAGGCGGACACGCUGACGGAGCCCGACCGUGCCAAGCUGGAGCGCCAGCGGGCGCAAAACGUCGCGCGCGGGAAGAAAGGCGGGAAGGCUAAUGCCGCGGAGUACAAGCGGCUCUCUGAGGCGGACACGCUGACGGAGCCCGACCGUGCCAAGCUGGAGCGCCAGCGGGACGCGCGCAGCCGCGGCGGGAAGAAAGGCGGGAAGGCUAAGGCCGCGGAGGACAAGCGGCUCUCUGAGGCGGACACGCUGACGGAGCCCGACCGUGCCAAGCUGGAGCGCCUGGAGCGCCAGCGGGCGCAAAACGUCGCGCACGGGAAGAAAAGUGCGGAGAAACGUUGGGGGGCUGUGACGACGUUGAAUGACGAGCUCGAAGCGAUCCUGACGGAGAAUCGGGGGAGGUGGAUGACACUCAAGGAGGUUUACGACCGCAUGGAGGAACGCGGGUUCGUGAACCUCACGGCAUUCAAGAAUUUCCGAGAUUCGAAGUGCGUCAGAAAGUACAAGGAGAAAUCGAAAUCUUCCCUCAUCUGGGAACAUCGAACCGGUACUCCCCACCGCCCUACGGUAUUCCGUUUGUCCGACAACGCGACUACUGCGGGAGCGGGACAGACGUGCAUCGAUCUCUGCGACAGCGACAGCGAAUAAAUGAGAUGAAGAAAAACUGACGACAGCGAAACGAGUACGAACACGACGUGUACGUGGACGCGAUGACGCGAUGACGCGAUCUGAAUUCUGAAUAAAAUGAGCAACAGUACGGAAGAACACAUAGGGCUAGGGCUAGCCCUAGCCCUACAUAGAGUAUGAUGUAACGAAUGAACGCGAUGACGCGAUCUG